AUGGGGAACUCUAACUCUGGGAAACUAGGGCACUUCUAUGCACAGGAGAAGGAGGGCAAGAGUACACUGGUAGUAAUGAAGAUGAGGAAGAUCGGUAGUAAAUGGAGUAAAGAGGCGGAGCUACGGAGGAUUCUUAGGGGGUUGGGGUCGUCUCCGCCACGGUGCUCCUCCAAGUGUGGAAGAUGCACGCCGUGCAAGCCUGUGCACGUACCGGUGCCUCCGGGCACACCUCAUAUGAUAUAA